AUGGCCAUGGAGCAGGGAAGAGUGACGGAAUUCAAAGGAAAGAGCCUCGACCAGAUACAAAUUGAGCCUGAAGGGAGAGCAAUGCACCCCAUGGUAGUGGCAGUGCCCCUUCUGAACGUUAGAGAAAGCCAUGGUCUGCAUCUGAGCCUACACCAGUCCAAACCAGCCUACACCAGUCCAAACCAGCCUACACCAGCCUACACCAGUCCAAACCAGCCUACACCAGCCUACACCAGUCCAAACCAGCCUACACCAGUCCAAACCAGCCCAAACCAGUCCAAACCAGCCUACACCAGUCCAAACCAGCCCACACCAGCCCAAACCAGUCCAAACCAGCCCAAACCAGCCUACACCAGCCCAAACCAGCCCAAACCAGCCUACACCAGUCCAAACCAGCCCAAACCAGCCUACACCAGUCCAAACCAGCCUACACCAGUCCAAACCAGCCCACACCAGUCCAAACCAGUCCAAACCAGCCUACACCAGUCCAAACCAGCCUACACCAGUCCAAACCAGCCUACACCAGUCCAAACCAGCCUACACCAGUCCAAACCAGCCUACAGCAGCCCAAACCAGUCCAAACCAGUCCAAACCAGCCUACACCAGCCCAAACCAGCCCAAACCAGCCUACACCAGUCCAAACCAGCCUACACCAGUCCAAACCAGCCUACACCAGUCCAAACCAGCCUACACCAGUCCAAACCAGCCUACACCAGCCUACACCAGUCCAAACCAGCCUACACCAGUCCAAACCAGCCCACACCAGCCCAAACCAGCCUACACCAGCCUACACCAGUCCAAACCAGCCCACACCAGCCCAAACCAGCCUACACCAGUCCAAACCAGCCCAAACCAGUCCAAACCAGCCUACACCAGCCUACACCAGUCCAAACCAGCCUACACCAGCCCAAACCAGUCCAAACCAGUCCAAACCAGCCUACACCAGUCCAAACCAGCCUACACCAGUCCAAACCAGCCUACACCAGUCCAAACCAGCCUACACCAGCCCAAACCAGCCUACACCAGUCCAAACCAGCCUACACCAGUCCAAACCAGCCCAAACCAGUCCAACCCAGCCCAAACCAGCCUACACCAGCCCAAACCAGCCUACACCAGUCCAAACCAGCCCAAACCAGUCCAACCCAGUCCAAACCAGCCUACACCAGUCCAAACUAG